CUCCCAAACAUUUAAUAUCAAAUUCCAUUAAAGUGUUGUUGGUGUCACUGCUUGUGAUUGUCAAAAAUUGAAAACGUAAACAGAUAAGUUCUCAUUAGUAAAUGUUAAAUAUGUGUUUUAAUUUCUUAUAAAUUUUAUGGUUCCGAUACAAAAAGGACAAUGGAAGGAGUUCUUUGGAAAUGGACUAAUUACUGGAAUGGGUGGCAAACUCGCUGGUUUAUUCUCGAAAACGGAGUACUGACUUACUACAAGUCGCAAGAAGAAGUUAAUCAGGGUUGUAGAGGUUCCAUUAAAGUGCAAGCAUGUGAGAUUAAUGUAAACGCCAUUGAUAACACACGUUUAGACCUUGUAAUUCCCGGCGAACAACACAUUUAUCUCAAAGCUGCAACAUCGCAAGAAAGGCAACAGUGGUUAGUUGCUCUUGGGAGUGCUAAAGCUUGUGUGCAAAAAAGAACUCGAAACGAACCUAGUGAGUUCAAAGUUAAUAACAACUCUGAGCCUAAUAGCAAUGCCUUGAAGAAAAAGAAAUCAGAGUUAAGGCUCUAUUGUGAUUUAUUGAUGCAACAAGUGCAUGUUAUUAAAAAUGCAAACGGCGAUGUUGAAAAAAUGGAUGAUGCUACAAGAUUGUUAGGAGCCACUUGUGAUACUUUCAUUAAGACAUUAGAAGAAUGCAUGGAAUUGUCAAAUGCUAAUGUUAUGUAUAACGUUGUGCCCAAUCAUGACGCUAUUUUACCACCGACAAAGAAGAUAUAAAUGUACUUCUUACUCAAAGUUCUCAUUUCUAAUUUCUUUUUCAGAAAUAAUGGAUCUUGUUUAUGUUUUAUGUUACCGUCAAAGCCGGUAUUUCAUGAAAUGACUAGUCUUCGAUUCAAUAUACUUUAACUAUAGUUGUACUAUUGGGUGUUCCGUCUAAACUGAACAAUGAUUAUCAGCCGAUAAAUUCAUUACUGCUAUAAUUGGUAAGGUUUAUGUUGAUUAUGGCAUUUUUAGAUUAUUUUUACUUAGAUUAUAUUUUAUUUAGAGUACUCGUCAUGUUUAGAUAUUUUUUUUCAAAAAUCUAUAACCACUCCUUUACAUGCUAUUGUGGAAUCGUAUUUGGGUAUAGAUCGUAUACAAAGGGAAAUAUUAGGUCUUCUUUAGUGUAUUCAUAAUUGAAGAAAAAAUAGUUAACAAAGUUCUAAAAUUUGUUAAUAUUUUUUUCCAAUUUUAAAACAUAAAAGUUGAGAUCUAACCUUUUUCUUUCUAGUACGAUUUUAUAAGAGAUAAGGAAAGGCUGAUGAAAACUUCCUUGGAUUGACUCGAUUAGUACUUCUACUAGAGAUGAAUUCCAAGUAAUGCAAAAGUGGUAAUUUCGCCAAAUUGCAAAUAUAAUCUUUGCAUUGAUAAAUGCAUUGUCUAGUAUGUUUAGCCAUUUUGAAUAUUUUUUAUGUUCACUUACCUUCUCUUCAAAAAUAUACUAUAACUCUUCCAUUUGAUGAUGUUAUGAAAUCGUACUUGGGUGUUAGAAAGGGAAAGGUUAGGUUUUUUUUAGUGUAUUCAUAACGGAAUAAAACAGUUUGCAAUUUUCCGAAUAGUUUUUUUACAAUUUUGAAAACACAAAAGUUGAAAUAUAACCUUUUUCUUUCUAGUACAUAUUAAAAUGCUAAUCAUAAAUCUGUCAAGUGUUUCAAAAAUGGCUAGACUGAAGGGAAGACUGAUUAAAACUCUUUUAGAUUCACUCGUCUGAUCUAAAAACGCAGUCAAAACCUAGUUUUCUAUUUAACUCUUUAGUGUCCAAGUAUCGAAAAAUAAUGAGACCAAUAGUUUCCAAGAUGAACAUACAUCAUCAAGAACGUUGUAAUUAUAUUUUAAUAUUCUUUUAAUUGCUGUUGAAUGCUAUUAAAAAUGAAUCCUAAGCGCUGGCUCUUGUAUAUGCAAAAAGUGGUUAUUUCUUCAAAUUGCAAUUUGUAUUUAUAAUCUUCGCAUUGAUAAAUGCAAUGUCUAGAAAUUAAUUUUUUUAUGUGCACUUACCUCUUCAAAAAUGUAGGUAUUACACUUCCUUUUGAUGAUAUUAUAAAAUCGUACUUGGGUGUUAGAAAGGGAAAGGUUAGGUCUUCUUUAGCGUAUUCAUAACUGAAUAAAAUACUAGUUAACAAACUUCAGAUUUUAUUAUUUGUUCCAUCUGAAAAACUUAGAAAUCAAAGGACGUAUGUCUGUAGAACUCAAGCCUAAUGUCAAAAGAAAAAUGUCAAAAAAAUUAAGCAAAUUAAAUUAUUAUUGAAAUAUAGUUUUGUCCCACACACCAUUUACGGGUCGUGUAGCGUUCGUGUGUAAUUUAUGUUACGAAUUCACGGUAUCUAACAGUUUACUUUUGAGGUAAUUUCAGUUUAAAUUUUGACAGCAGGCUGAACUAAUACACGACACCGGACACACGUUCUCAAGUGAUACGCCUACUUGAUAGAAGAACUUUCUGAUCGCUUUGUAUAAUAACACUGGAGGAAAGCCUUAUGUUUUAUGUUACCGUCAAAGCCGGUAUUUCAUGAAAUGACUAGUCUUCGAUUCAAUAUACUUUAACUAUAGUUGUACUAUUGGGUGUUCCGUCUAAACUGAACAAUGAUUAUCAGCCGAUAAAUUCAUUACUGCUAUAAUUGGUAAGGUUUAUGUUGAUUAUGGCAUUUUUAGAUUAUUUUUACUUAGAUUAUAUUUUAUUUAGAGUACUCGUCAUGUUUAGAUAUUUUUUUUCAAAAAUCUAUAACCACUCCUUUACAUGCUAUUGUGGAAUCGUAUUUGGGUAUAGAUCGUAUACAAAGGGAAAUAUUAGGUCUUCUUUAGUGUAUUCAUAAUUGAAGAAAAAAUAGUUAACAAAGUUCUAAAAUUUGUUAAUAUUUUUUUCCAAUUUUAAAACAUAAAAGUUGAGAUCUAACCUUUUUCUUUCUAGUACGAUUUUAUAAGAGAUAAGGAAAGGCUGAUGAAAACUUCCUUGGAUUGACUCGAUUAGUACUUCUACUAGAGAUGAAUUCCAAGUAAUGCAAAAGUGGUAAUUUCGCCAAAUUGCAAAUAUAAUCUUUGCAUUGAUAAAUGCAUUGUCUAGUAUGUUUAGCCAUUUUGAAUAUUUUUUAUGUUCACUUACCUUCUCUUCAAAAAUAUACUAUAACUCUUCCAUUUGAUGAUGUUAUGAAAUCGUACUUGGGUGUUAGAAAGGGAAAGGUUAGGUUUUUUUUAGUGUAUUCAUAACGGAAUAAAACAGUUUGCAAUUUUCCGAAUAGUUUUUUUACAAUUUUGAAAACACAAAAGUUGAAAUAUAACCUUUUUCUUUCUAGUACAUAUUAAAAUGCUAAUCAUAAAUCUGUCAAGUGUUUCAAAAAUGGCUAGACUGAAGGGAAGACUGAUUAAAACUCU